CUCAGGCAGAGUCUGCUAGAACUCCUGCUUGACUUUUCAUGGCCGAUUCCGGUGACACAGUCCAACCAAACACGCACCAACACGACGGCGACCCGAGCAGAGCCGUAGCGCCCCGCCUCAUCCCACCCUCCUUCCUCACCCCUUUCUUGCUUGAUCCACCUCGCCUCUUCAUCCUCCGCCCAAGUUUUCAACCACGCAUCCUUGGUCCUUGAAUCGGUUCUCCGCGCCCGAUUUCUCCGCACCCGGUGGCUGCGUGCUUCUAAAUGGGGACCCGGCGGUGGGUCGCGGCGGCGGCGGCGGUCAUGGUGGCGCUCUUGCUGCUGUCCGCAGCCUCUCACGGAGGACGGAGAGGACCCAGUUUCAACAGCAACAACCGGACUUUUGUUUUUAAUUAUACCCUGGCGAAGACUAUCGUGGAAUAUGCUUCAGCUGUGUAUAUGACGGACCUAACAGCUCUAUAUACAUGGACGUGCUCAAGAUGUAAUGACUUGACUAAAGGUUUUGAGAUUAGGUGUAUAAUUGUCGAUAUCCAGAACUGCUUGCAGGCAUUCAUUGGUGUUGAUCAUAAUCUCAAUGCUGUAAUCGUCGCAAUCAGGGGAACUCAAGAGAACAGUGUACAGAACUGGAUUAAGGACCUGGUAUGGAAGCAGGUUGACCUAAACUAUCCAAACAUGCCCGAUGCGAAGGUCUUUGGCAUGAACUUGAUAUAUGUACUCUGUUUUUUUACAAGAGUAGGAUGUUCCUUUAUUUAUUUUCUGAUGAGGUUUAUGUUCUGGUUAAAGGUCCACACUGGAUUUUACUCUGCUUACAAUAAUACACUUUUACGUCCAGCCAUCACAAAUGCUGUUCGCAAGGCAAGGAGAUUGUAUGGCGAUAUUAGCGUGAUAGUUACAGGGCAUUCGAUGGGAGGAGCUAUGGCUUCUUUCUGUGCACUUGAUCUCGCUAUUAGCCUUGGAAGUGACAGUGUUCAUCUCAUGACUUUUGGGCAACCACGUAUUGGCAAUGCUGCCUUUGCCUCCUACUUUGAACAAUAUGUACCCAGUGCGAUCCGAGUGACACAUGAACAUGAUAUCGUGCCUCAUUUGCCCCCUUAUUUCUUCUUCCUCCCGCACCUGACAUACCACCACUUCCCUAGAGAGGUAUGGGAGCAUGACGUUGAUGGCAACACAACCUUCCGAGUUUGCGACGGCAGCGGAGAAGAUCCAGAUUGUUGCAGGAGUGUGUUUGCGUUGUUCCUCAGUGCCUCAGACCAUCUGACGUACAUGGGUGUUGAGAUAGCAGCAGAUGACUGGAGCACCUGCAGAAUCGUCAUGGCCCAGAGCGUCGAGCGGCUCCAAUUGUAUCUUGCGAGUAAUGUGAUCACGUCGAAGAUCCCUGUCGAUAUAAUCAUUGCGGAUCAUAGCGUGCAGACUGAUCCGAGCAGUUCCAGCUAGACAUUAUUCAUACAAGCUGAUGUAUGUGUAUAUAUAGUGUUGUCAGCAUUUGAAUGGCUUCAGGCAUCCAGCCAAUGGGAUGGUUUUUGCCACGACAGAUAUGUGAUUCUUUCAUCUGUAGCUUGUAAAUGUAGAGAGAUGUGUAGAAGCAGAACAUCGAAGUGUGGUGAUAAGUUUCUCAGAAUCUUUGGGUUCAGUGGUAAUACAUGACUAGGGUUUUUCUGGAA